AUGCUGAAACAGAUAUUAUCAGACAUGUACAUCGAUCCUGACCUGCUGGCAGAACUCAGCGAGGAGCAGAAGCAGAUCCUCUUCUUCAAGAUGAGGCAGGAACAGAUCAGACGGUGGGAGGAAAGAGAAGCUGCUGUGGACAAGGCUCCAGCAAAGAAGCCACUGCCAAGAAAAGCCAAUGGGAAGUCGGUGACAUGGAAACUCGGUGCUGACAAUGAUGUCUGGGUCUGGGUGAUGGGCGAGCAUCCUUCAGAUAAACCAUAUGCAGCCAUCUGUGAAGAGAUCCAGGCACAAAGAGCAAAGUGCUUGGCGAGAGAGCAAGGCAAGGAGGGCAGAGAAACUGACUCUUCUAUAACAUGGUCUCUACACCCACAACCAGGACUACCGGGUGAGACAGAUCUUCAUGAGAAUAAAAAAAGCACUGUGCACACAAAGGAGGAACGUGGGAGAAAAAUGACUGAUACAACAACCGGGAAAAGCCAGGAGCUCACAAAGAGGGGAACCAGAGAUGUACACCAGAUGCUGGCAGACUGCCAUAUGAGGAAACUUAGCUUCCAAAAGCCAAAGGAAGCACAGAGGAGAAAUUCUGAAGAGACCACAGACUCCCAGGAGGCAAUACCACAGAGCCACCCCAGCACAGAGAGCCAGAGAACACUGCAGAAAUCGGACGAGAAUGAGCCUGAAUGGCAGGAAUUCUUGCGGAAAUCCAAGGCAGCAGAUGAGAAGAGACGCUCCCUUGCACGGCAAGCCAGGGAUGACUACAGGAGGCUUUCACUUCAGGGCAUCCACAGAGGGAAGCAGGCAGAUAUUUCCAAGGGUGCCAUAGCAGGAGAUCGGCGACCACUCCAGUAUCCACCUCUCCCCCCCAAGCCUAAAAUUCUACCUCCUGUGACAGCAAAUGGGAGAGCGAUUAGGAAAGAGGGAAUCCAGAGGACAAUCUCCAAUUCCACUGAAGAAAGCAUCAUCAAGUGGUUCAAAGAGGAGCAGUUCCCUCUCCGAGCUGGCUAUCUCAAAACCGUGGACACAAUAGCACCUUGGUUCCAUGGUAUCCUAACCUCUAAGAAAGCGGAGGAGCUUCUAGAUAAAACAGUACCAGGGAGUUUUCUGAUCCGGGUCAGUGAGAAAAUCAAAGGCUAUGUGCUCUCCUAUCGGUCUGUGGAAGGAUGUAAACACUUCCUCAUUGAUGCCUCCGGUGAUUCCUACAGCUUCCUUGGAGUGGACCAGCUGCAACAUUCAACGCUGGCUGACCUUGUAGACUACCACAAGGAUGAACCCAUCACUUCCUUGGGGAAGGAACUGCUGCUUUACCCAUGUGGCCAAGAGGACCGAGAGCCAGACUACAUCUCUCUCUUUGAGUGAACCUCCCAGUCUCACUGUGCAGUCCCAUGCUUGUAUUCACAAAGACUGAACUUGGAACUAGAGCUGCUGAUACUUACCUGAAACCCUAAGUGCCUCUAUUUUAUAUCCUUCAAAAUGAAGCAGUAGGAGGAUAAGUACUGUUGUGGGUUUAUCAUAUCAACUGAGUUGAAGGAUGCAUCAGCCCAGCAAGCUGCAAAGCACCUGGAUGUAUCCCAGACAAUGGAGUGAAUGAGUUGAUGAAGUAAUCAGUUGAACAGGGAGAUACUGCCACAGAUUUUCAAUGGGUUUUUGCAGAUUUUUUCAGGGACUUCUGUAUUCAAGCUGCCUUUUGUUCUUGAAUGCAAGGUUGUGUGCCAUCUGGGAAAUAGAUUGGUACCUACAGUUGAAUGAAAUCAUACCUUCCUGAAGGCACAUAACAACUUGGAGAGGAGAAUCGAUCUUGAUAUGUAAUUUACAUAAUGUGAAGCUUAAUUCUGUAAAAUGCUGUGUCCUUGAAAUGAAGGACAUUCAAACUGAACAUCCAAGCAAACCCUGAGUGCCUUUCGGUGAAAGGUGCUCUCUGUGAUGAUGGAUUUUCAUGAAGAGUACAUUUUUUAAACUCCUCUAGCCUCUGAAUAUAGAUCCCCACUCUUUUAACCUGUAUUUAAAUCCUACACAGGCCUUUCUGCAUUGAGAGGAAUUAACCUUUUGAAAGGGAAAGAAGGGACAGAGGCAUUUGUAUAAAAGACUACCGCAGGUACAGAGAAUAAAAAAUGUAAAAAGCAGCACCCAUAUCAGUAUUAAUACAGUUUACAGAAGAGUGUUUGCCAGUAAAGAAUGAUAUUUUCCAAAAUGGAGUUAUUUAUUGCAAGUCGUGUCCGGAUUACUCAGAUGCAUCUGGUGUAAACUUCAUUAUAGAAGUUGUUUUUUCAAUGUAAUAUUCUGUCUCCUUAUCUGUUACACUGCUUUUUAAAUACAUCAUUCAGAAUACUGAGGGAGAGCCUGGACAGAAUCACAUAACAAAUUAGUCCUCAGAUUCCCUCAUGUUGUUGCAUGACAAAUUCUACAGCUGAAGGUUGUGGUUUUAAUCUGUUAACAUAAAGUUUUAGAGACACUAUCCUCAAAUAGUGAACAAUAGUCAAUCUCGUUUCAAUCGUUUACCUGUUUCCUUUUUUCUGUUAGAUCAGGGCUAUUCUGCUUAACUUGAAGGAGCAGUCAAAACCUUAGUCUUGGACUGAUCUGUGUUUUGAGGGAUAUAGAAUAAAAGAAAUUAUGAUCA